CUUUGCGAUAUACAAGGAUAUUUUUGAAUAAGGUUACUAUAUAUGUAUUUAUGCCUAGUCUAGGAAGUAGAUAAAGCUCUCUUUUAAAGAGAAAAAUCAAACGAUAAAGGGAAAAUAAAGUCAAAAUAAAUAAUUCGACAAAAACUCUCAGGAUUCUCGACAUAUUCAUGGCUCGGUAGUUUUUAAAAAUUAAUUUCAUAAAAUAAGGGCAUGUUAUUUGAUAAUACUACACGAAUGGAAUAAAAUGUGAAACUAGAAAUAUGGAAAAACAUUGAGAUAUUUGAAGUGUACAUUAGAGAAAAUGAUUAUUUACGUGAUUGAAAAGUAGGUACAGUUGGGUAAAUACUUACAAACAUGCCAAAGAAAAACAAGUAUACGUUGAACCAGGGUGCCAGCAAGAAUGAAACUACCCCUACUAGAGUCCGACGGACACACGGGGCGGUAUCAAGUGAUGUACCCCUCGGCACGCCUGUAGAGGUUGCAGCCCUACAAAAAUUCAAAAUGCAGGUGUUGGAUAUUCUAGACCCUCGAGACAAUGACUUCAAACUAAUGAAGUGGCUGAAAGCCAGAGAUUUCGAUGUGGAAAAGGCAGAAAUAAUGUAUAAAAAUCAUCUGGAUUUCCGGGAAAAAUACAAACUCGACACACUUUUGGAUGACUACACCCCACCAGAGGUUAUACAAAAAUAUCUAACGGGAGGUCUACUUGGAUAUGACAAAGAGGGUUCUCCUAUUAGAGUUGAAAAAUAUGGCCAGUUAGACAUGAAGGGAAUCAUGUACUCAGUGAAACAAGAGGAUCUGAUUAAAUCGAAGUUAUACCACAAUGAACUAGUAGUGAGAGAAUGGGAAAAACAAACUAAAAAGCUUGGCAAACAUGUUCACGGAUUGACUGUAUUGUUUGACAUGGAGAACGUCGGAACUGGAAUGCUAUGGCGACCAGGUUUACAGAUGUAUCUCCAGUUAGUGAAGACGUUAGAAGACAAUUAUCCAGAAAUGAUGAAACAGAUGUUUGUAAUAAAUGCACCUCGAAUCUUCCCUUUACUAUGGAAGGUUGCUCGACCGUUAAUGAGUGAGCACACCAAGCAGAAAAUCCAGGUUUUGGGAAGUGACUACAAGGAGGUGUUGCAACGAUAUAUUGAUGCCGACCAGCUUCCCGGCUUUCUUGGAGGCACAAUCACAGACCCAGAUGGAAAUCCCGAUUGCAAAACGUUGUUGGUCCAUGGCGGCCAAGUACCAGAAAAAUAUUUUCUCAAAGAUCUGUCGAUGACUGAUACGAUGGAAACUGCACUUGUUCCAAAUGGAGAAAAGUUACAAAUCGUAAAAUUCGUCACAGAACCUAACAGUAUUUUAAGAUGGGAGUUCCUUACUGAAGAUUUUGAUGUCGGAUUUGGUGUCAACUAUAUCCCGGAGAAAGGAAAUAAGGUGAAACCGGUUGUCCCGAUCAAGCGAGUUAAUUGUCACAUGGUGCCAGAGGACGGUAGCGUCGAGUGCAAACUUCCUGGCCCUUACAAAGUAGUGUUUGACAACACGUUUAGUUGGACCAGGAGCAAGACCAUCUUCUACCACGUGGAGGUCAUUGCUCCAACUGAUGACGUCAUGCAGAAAGAGAUCAACGAACGAGUUCAAAACGGAACUUGGGAAGCAGUUGCCAAACAAAUGGAAGUUACUAAAAUUUAAUGUCAAGAGGGUUGAUUUAAAUGUAAUGCUCUUCAGAAGAUGCAAUGCAAUGCAAAAUUACAGCAAAUUGAAAAGAACUGAGUAACCAAGGUUUAAUCUGACGAAGGCUAUUUUUGAAUGUGCAUGGUGUUCAAAGAUUAAAUUCCGUGACUAAUGGCCCUUAGAAACAGUAUUCGACCAAAUUCAAAAUAAAAUGACAUAAAAUUUGUAUUUGACCUAAUAUGGUAAAAAUAAGUGAACCUAUGCAACAAUAGAUACAAUGUAUGUAUUUCAUUACAUGUAUAAAAAUAAUAUCGGGCAAGGUAGAUUUUCCUAUUCUUACUCUGUAAUAUCACCAAGUGAUAAUAUAAAGUCGUGUACACAUUACAAUGACAAUGUAAUAACUAAUAAAUUCAAAUAUGAAUUAAAAAUUUAUGAUUAAAUCAUGACAAAUACUUGCUCAAUUGUAUAUAAAAUGCUUGCUGUAAAUUCUGUAUAUACCCAGCGUAUCAUUAUGUAGCUAGCCACUUCGACAAAAGCAAUUCAAGUAUUUCAUGAUCCUUAUUUUCUUGUGUCUUAAGGUUAAAACAUUCCGGACACGCUACGUCAAUAUGUAAGCGUUAUUGGACGAUUUUCGUUCAUUAAAAAUACAUGUAGUUUUACCACGAUGUAGUUCUGAGUUUUAAUUUACAUCAUGAAAUGAUUUCUCUGUUUUAUAUUUUAGAUUGACAUUAUUAAAUCCAGAGUGGCAUAUAACUGACUAUAUUAUAUAAUGCCUAAUUUAUUUAAAUUACAAUAUGGCGUCAUACGCAAACAGGGUCAUACAUGUAGUUCGUCCAAUUGACUAGCCCCUAAAAGUUGAUGACACGUUAUCAUUAAAUUUAUUCUAAUAUAAGAUGUUUUUCUUGUAAUUGUAAUCAUUAACAUUUUAAAGACAAAUUAUGCAUAUUCUUUAUGAAUAUAGAAUGUAUUUAAUACAAUGAACUUACGUCAAUGUUAAUUUGAGUAAGCUAUGUGUUAUCAAAAUAUUGCGUUAUAAAUAUAUUUUUGUCAAUUUUGAUUUUGUAUAUUAACUUAAAUCCUGUUCAAACUAAGUCCAUUUAUUAGUUGAAUCUAGUAAAGCAUGUCACCUAUUGCAUAAAUGAUGUCAUUCUUACAUUUUUGAAACCUUGUUUGUAGGUCUUUGUGUAGAUUCAAUCUGCUAUAUUGUUUUAAAAACAAUAAAAAACACAAUUGUUUAUUUUCUGAUUGGUUUUAUUAACAUUAAAUGUCUCAUGUAAUGAAACACUGUUCUGUGUCACAGAAAAUCACAGCCAAAUUUACAUUUUUUCUUUAUAGCAUACAUGUACAAUGUAAGUUCAGAACAGAAUUAAAAUGCA